UAUAUAAGUAUGUACAAAAUAGAUUGUGCAUCAUAAGUUUUCUUUGUUGGACGGGAACUAUUGCUUUUGGUGUAGCAACAACAAAAUAACACAACUAAUUAAUAAUUCACAAUAGUGUUCUAUUUACAUACUCUCUGUUAUUUUCAAUGAAACUCUUAUUUUUGUUUCUUUUUAAACUGUCACUCUCCUGCGCCAGCAGGUCUAACAAUAUUUGUAUUCCUUUUGUUAAAAUUUUAUAAAAUAAAUAUUUUUAUUACAACAUAUUUACAUGGAACAGUGGAAGUGAUGCUAUAACAUUUCGAGCAAUCAAAAGAUAUAUGUCAAUAUAAUUGAAUACAUUUUUUAUUAUAAUAUGCUUUUUGAAAUAAGAGUAGUGAGAAAAAAUUGUAACAGAAAAUACAACAAAGUCAACCUCGAAAUCAAUGCAAUAUUUUAAAAUAAAAAUUAUAAUAAUAAAAUUGUUAAACUAUGCAAAAUAUGUGUUGAUCUAACUCGACAGCGCGUAAUUGUUUGCUGAAGCGUUAUUACAUAUUUUUGAGAAAAAUUAAAUUUUGCAAAAAUUACGCUUCGUAAUUUACCAAUGUCAAUGGCAGACUUCGAUGCAAUUUAUGAAGAUGAACAGCUGGAGGAACAUUUCGAGGAUCAAACUGUGGCUCCAGUUCCGGAUCCUAUAGUAAUACGAGGUGCUGGUAACAUGACAGUGUUUGGUCUUAGUAAUCGGUUUAAUACAGAAUUUCCAUCUGGUUUAAUGUCGCGUGUUGCGCCGGAAGAGUUUAAGGCAACUCUAGGACGUAUCAAUAGCAUUUUGAAGAAAACCUUACCCGUAAAUGUAAAAUGGUUGUUUUGUGGUUGCGUUUGUUGUUGCUGCACCUUGGGUUGUUCACUUUGGCCUGUGAUUUGCUUAAGUAAACGGACUCAAAUAACUCUUGACAAAUUAUUAGAAUGGGAGAAUAGUCACCUCUACCAUAAGCUCGGUUUACAUUGGCGACUGCAUAAACAACAAUGUGACUCCAACUCAAUGAUGGAAUAUGUUGUCUUAAUUGAAUUUAUACCAAAAACACCGAUUUAUCGUCCAGAUUAGAGCAAAAUAUGGAGCAGUGAAAAUUAUGUCAAGCUCUAACGCAGUGCGUAGCUUUGGUGUAAUUAAUUUAAAUUAAUAACUUUGUUAGCAUAGAAAAAGAAUUAAAAUAAAAAAAAGUAUCUAU